AUGGGCCCUUACACUAUAUUUGUUGAAUCCAAGGGCAGAAAUAUAGGCCGACUGCACCCGAUGGCCUUGGAAAAAAUCAUACAUAAUGCAGGGGCAUAUUUCAAAUUUGGUUUGACAGAAGUUUCGGUUAUAGGAAAAAAUAAAGUGAAGAUUGAAUUCAAAAGCGCCAGAGUGGCGAACAAAAUUCUAGAUGACAAAAUUUUAGAAAAAAAUAAUCUGGAGGCAUACAUCCCGAAAUACCUACUCGCAAGGCAUGGCAUAAUAUUUGAUGUGGAUGCCAAUCUCUCAGAACAAGAAAUUAUAAACGCCAUUGAAACAGGCAUUAUAGACGUGGUAUGUUUAAGACCGAAAAAUAAUAAUACAAUAAAAUACUCAUCACAAUGUGUCAAAAUAAGGUUUAGGGGCACAAGUUUACCGAAUAAGGUAGCUAUACAUUCGGUAAAAUGUGAGGUUCGACCGUUUGUACAGAAAGCGGUCCAAUGCUACAAAUGCUGUCGGUUCAAUCACGUUAAGGACCAAUGUAGAAGAAAAGAGAAAUGUAUGAAAUGUUCCGGAGAACAUAAUGCAAAAAUAUGUAUAGCAUCCAAAUUUUUAUGUGCUUUGUGCAAUGGGGAUCACCCUGCAAAUGAUAAAGAAUGUACGGUAAUUAUUAAAAAUAAAAAAAUUAAAGAAAUUAUUGCUUGGCAGAAUCUAGCAUACCAUGAAGCCAGAAAUAUAUUGUAUAAAGACAGCUAUGCAAACAAGUCAAAAGUCGUAUUCAGUUUCACGGGCAAAGAUGAAGAAUUUCCAGGUUUGUAUGCGAAACCUGCAUCCAGUACAGACAGUAAAAUAACUAAAAAUAGGUUCGACGCCCUUUCUGAUCUAGAGGAGGAGGAGCAACCGAAAUUUUUAAAUCCGACAACCUUUCAUAAACCUAAAAGAUUGACUUACAAAAUUACCAGACGCAAUAUUCCAUUCAAUUCUGGAUCUUCAAUAAAAAAAACAGUUAGCUAA